UGCAAAGGUGACCACAACAGAAGGAAAGCUGUGAAUGGGAGAACGCUUGAGAAGAGCUGUAGAUCCUAUGGGGAAAAGAAGACAGAGGGAAUGGAUGGGAGCUGCGUGCUAAUGAGGUGACCUUUUGCCUUCACAAACUGCAAGGAGAAACAAAUCCUUUGGUAUGAGAGGAAAGCAGCUGGGAAGGGAAAUCGCUCAGAGCUUUGAGAAAGACAGGGCUCACCCUUGGCACGGAUGGAAGAAUACUAUUAAGAAGUCUCAAAGCAACUCAAAGAUAGAAGUGAAUGGAAGGAAAAGAGAUAGAAGUUCUGCAAAUGGAGAGCAGCAACACCACCAUCAAGAAAUGCCGACUUGGGAGGUUGAGGAAACCUCGGGCACAUAUUCCACCUGACAAUGAACACCAGUCCUUCAUCUGCUGCUUGACAGGCUUGUACAGCUGUCAGUGGAAGUGGAACCAACGGAAUACGGUCGAGCGGGGCCAUUGGUGCUGCGGUGCGGGGGAAUGCACUUUUUUCCUUCUGGUGUGCCUGGCUUUUUGUCUCUGGUUCAUCUUUCUGUACCUGUGGGGAGAAAUAAAAAAUGACUACCAUAGCUUUGACUGGUACAAUUAUGGAAAUUUUGGCUUCUGGUUUCACUGGUCCACUCUCUUCCUGAUUAUAGCUGCAAUCAUAUUCUCCUACCUCUUGUUCUUACUGAUCCUAGCGGUGUGUCUGAUUUCAGAGAGUCAACGGCUGUAUCUGCACUGGAGUCACAAGAUUGUGAUGGUGUUUGCCCUGAGUCUCUCCUUUCUUGCCAUAGCUAUGGUAACGCUUCUCUGGAGUAAGCAAUGGAACACAUUCUGCCUGUCGUUCCAGGUCACGGCUCCUUUCCUCCAUAUAGUUGCCAUAUUCAUCAUGAUCCUCCUGGCGUGGCCAGUGGCCUUGCAUUUCUUCUGGAUUAACAAUAAAGUUGUGCAGGUCUUGAUUAUUCUUCCCUACCUGGCCAUCCUCCUCUUUCUUCUCUUCAUACCUUUGGGGAUGUAUUCUCCCUGCAUUCUGGAGAAGGGGGCUUUGGGUCCCAAGCCAAGCCUGAUUGGCCACAGAGGAGCACCAAUGGUGGCUCCUGAAAAUACUGAGAUGUCAUUUAAAAAAGCCGUUGCUUAUGGUGCUAUUGGUUUUGAGACAGAUGUCACCAUUAGCUUUGAUGGUGUUCCCUUCCUUAUGCACGACUCAACUUUGAAAAGGACCACCAAUGUUGAGGAUGUAUAUCCCAAGGGUAGUCGCCAAUUGGCCGCCUUUUUCCCCUGGGAAUAUCUGGAAAACCUGAACUCUGGAAAUUGGUUCUUUCAGAAUAGGCCGUUCUUUGAAAUGCCCUCACUCUCACCUGAGGACAAAAUACUGGCAAGGAAUCAGAGAAUUUACCAGCUCACAGACUUACUGAAGCUUGCUAAGCAGGAGAACAAAUUUGUCAUCUUUGAUCUUUACCGGCCUCCAAAGAGUCACCCUUACAGGGACACCUGGAUUAGCAGAACGGCAGAACUGGUUCAAAAUGAAAUGGGGAAUAAAUCCCAUCUGGUACUAUGGCUGGAAGACUUGGAUAGAUCCACAGUUCAGAACAUAGCUCCUGGAUUCCAGCAGACUUCAGGCAUUGCUCACCCAGUCAAGGAUCUCCAGAAAAGGAACAUUGUGAAACUCAACUUGGACUACAGAGAGAUGAACAGGGUAGACAUUUGGAAAUAUGCGAGAGCCAACAUCACAUCCAACUUCUGGGUGGUCAGCGAGCCAUGGCUAUUCUCCUUGGCUUGGUGCUCUGGAGCUCAUUCUGUCACCACCGAUGCCAUCCACUCCCUGGGGAGUGUCCAUCACCCUUUCUUCUUCCUGACACCCAAAGAGUACAGGAGCAUGUGGAUCGUGACAGAUGUUAUGGCAGUCCUCCUCAUUGCAUUCCUCUUCAGCAUUCACUGGUGGCGAGAGGUGGGCCGCUUCUGCUGCGAGGGUGAAAGUCACACGACCAUCAAUAGCGAUCCAUACCACGUAUCUGAAACAGAACUUGGCACGAUGCCAACUGUGGUUUAAGAUGCUGCCACACCACAGAGUCCACUUUGUCAUCUAGACAGAAGAUUCUUUCCAUCCAAGAGCUUGGCCCACGAGGAAGCCAUGGAUUGGGAUACACAUGGUACGGUGACUGGAACUGUUGGGAGAGUCAGACACCCUUCGGAUUUGCAUAGCUACAUUAAGCAGUAAUCAACGAAUCCUUGUCUUUUCCCUUCCCCAAUUAAGAGGCACAGAGCCUUUUUUCUUCAUGUCCUUAGGAGAGGAGGAAUCUGGCUCAGGCGGAUUGGAUCUGGGUAAGCCUCCACCCUUGUGCACAAGGCAUCGGAAGACCUUUAGAAUCCUUUUGCAAAAUUAAAAAGGGGGGUUAGAAGCAUUCAGCUUGGCCUUUUUCAGAAAUGGACUCUUACAAAAAAGACAUUUUGGGGAACUGUUCUCGGAUCUGCCAACAACCAAUGAAGAUCUAAGGCUUCCUUUAGCCUGUGGGGAAUUCCACAAAAGCAGGAAUGUGGUGGCUUAGUGAAAAGAGGUCUGCCAACUAAUUUUUCCAGGUAUGGAAUGCCUCCUGCAAACCCAACCAUUUUUUUCUUUUAAAAAAAGUUGGAAUUUUUGAAGAUGAGUUUUAAAACAUUUCAUUUUUUAAAAAAAAUAUAGAAAAAAUAAAUUCUGUCCAUGAAAGAACACGCUUGCUAGCUUUGCUGUGAGACGACAAAGAGAGAGAGGGUAUUCUGUGUAUCAGCCUUCGCCAACCAGGUGUCCUUCAGAUGUUAUUGGACUACAACUCCCAUCAUCCCCUGCUAGCACAGCCAUCUAGAGGGCAGCAGGUUGGCAAAAACUGGCGUACGUUUUGCACUGCUACCCAAUGGCAAAGUUGGGCUAGACACAGGCAGCUGUCAAAUGGGAUCUGGGAGCCAGGGUUCAAGACAAACGUUGGAACCAAGAGGUAAGACCAUCAGAAGAGACCCCUUAGAUGGAUCAGGCCAGUGGCCCAUCUAGUACAGCAUCCCCUUCUCAUGGUGGCCAACCAGAUGCCCCAGUGGGAAGCCUGCAAGCAGGACCUGAGCACAAGAGCAUCCUCCCCUCUUGUAUUCAGGGGCAUGCCACCUCUGACAGUGGAGGAAGAACAUUUUAAUUUUAAGGUUAAAGUUAAGUUAAAGAUGAAGCCAGAAAUCAGAGCCGAGAAAUUAGACCCAAUUAGAGCCAAGCAGGGCCCUCGUUGGCCAGAGGAAGUCCAAGCUAAGCAAGAAGUCUUGAAUCUAUUUACAUCCUGAUUCAGUACUUGCUGUAGGAGCCCGCUGUAUCUCGGUCUGAUUCAGGUAACACCUUAUUUGCCUUGUCACCCUAAGGUGGAGUCUCUCUUCAUUUCCCUAAAGCCCUGAGGCAGCUUUCAAAGGGGGGUGGGAGGAAGGUUUCACCCCCCCAAAAGGUGAGUGGGGAAAGAUCACCCCCUAAGCAAGGACCCUGUUGCCCCAAGGGUCCUUGGCUGGCGAUGGGCUGCCCCUUUCCAACCUGCCAUUUUUGGCAGCAGCUUUUAUUUCCCCAAAUGCAAGUUUACGGAGACAUUGCUGUCUCCAUAGGUUUGCAGGGGGUAGAUACUCCUCUCUGUCAAACUCCUUUGUGAAACUCCUGUUUGCUCUCCCUGUUAGCUCGCUCUGUUAGCUCGCUCUCUGAAAGCUGGCUUGCUUGUAGCUCCUCUCCUGUGGACCAGCUGAGACAGCUCCCUCUGCUCUGCUCAGUUAGGAGUUGAGGAGUCAGUUUGCCUAUAGGCUUGCAAAGUGCCAGUUUGGUAGGCUUGCGAUAAAAUGUCAACCAAACAAACUUCUUCCUCAUCCCUACUGCAAAGAAGUUGAUCCACAAAAAAAAAAAACAUUUCUCUCUCACACAUUCAUAAAAUAAAGUCUGCUUCCUCUUCCUCUUU